UUCUUGAUAUCUGUUAUGGUUUGGAAACAGAUGGCUGAUGUGGAAGCCAAGCUUGUGAUUCCAGAGUCAGUGCUGAAGAAGAAGAAGAGAGAUGAGCAGUGGGCUCUGGCAAAAAAGCAGGAACUUGAAGCUGCAAAGAAGAAAAGUGCUGAAAAUAGGAAGCUAAUUUUCAGUAGAGCUAAGCUUUAUACAAAAGAGUAUGAGGAGCAGGAAAAGGAGCUAAUUAGUUUGAAGCGUGAAGCAAAAUUGAAAGGAGGAUUCUAUGUUGAUCCGGAAGCUAAACUUUUGUUUAUCAUUCGUAUUCGUGGUAUCAAUGCCAUGCACCCAAAGACACGGAAGAUUUUGCAGCUAUUGCGCCUGAGGCAGAUCUUCAAUGGGGUUUUCCUGAAGGUUAACAAGGCAACAAUGAACAUGCUUCAUAGGGUUGAACCUUAUGUUACUUAUGGAUACCCAAAUUUGAAGAGUGUGAAGGAAUUGAUCUACAAGAGGGGAUACGGGAAGUUAAACAGUCAAAGAAUUGCUCUGACUGACAACUCGAUUGUUGAACAGGGUCUGGGCAAAUAUGGUAUAAUUUGCAUGGAGGAUCUUAUCCAUGAGAUCAUGAUUGUUGGUCCUCAUUUCAAGGAGGCAAAUAACUUCCUGUGGCCCUUUCAGCUGAAGGCUCCCUUGGGUGGAUUGGAGAAGAAGAGGAAUCACUAUGUUGAAGGAGGAGAUGCAGGAAACCGUGAGAACUACAUCAAUGAGCUUAUAAGAAGAAUGAAUUAGGUUCUUUUGCGUUAUUAUUAUUUUGAGGUUUUAGGUUUGUUGACAAUGCAGAUGAAUUUUGAUCUUUAAUUGAAUAUGUUAAAAAGCCAUUCUAAUUUUUUUUCCCUUUCCUGGACUUAUUUAGUUGUUUAUUGUAUGCCCUUAGGAAGUAUUUUCCAGCUUGGGUAUUAAAUAGCAAAAUGGUAUACCUGAGGCAGGGAAGUAUUUUGGCAUGAAUGGUUUCUCAGUUCAGCAUUUUGGCUGGAUGGUAUUAUGGUAGUUCUGAACCGAUUCGGAUGAUCA